CCGCCUUCCUUUCAGCAAGCUCACCAUCAGUAAGCAUGGAUAUCGACUUAAUAAAAUCAAUGACGGAUGAGCAGAUUGACAUGAUGAUGCUUCAGAUGGAAAAGAUGCCGGAAUUUUAUGAGGGGUUUGCUGGAAACAACUUUUCCGGCAACAGUGCAAUCACCUCUCCUCCUCCAUCCACCUCACUUGUUGGCAUCCCAUCAUCUGCACUCCCAAUUCCAUUCCCGUCUCAUGUUCCGACCACUCUGAAUUCUCAGGCCGUAGGCAUGGACCUUAUGGCGAACCUUAGGCGCAACAAUUCCACGGCUGCAAUGAGAGAGAUGAUAUUCAGAGUGGCAGCCAUGCAGCCCAUACACAUUGAUCCCGAAUCUGUGAAACCACCAAAGAGAAGGAAUGUGAAGAUUUCAAAGGACCCGCAGAGCGUCGCGGCCAGGCAUCGUCGGGAGAGAAUUAGCGAGAGGAUUAGGAUUUUACAGAGGUUGGUGCCUGGUGGUACAAAGAUGGACACUGCAUCCAUGCUUGAUGAAGCCAUACACUAUGUUAAGUUCUUGAAAACACAGGUGCAAUCACUAGAGAGAGCGGCAGCCACUGGAAAUGGAACCGGGAGGCUAGCCUUUGCACCAGUACUCGGUCAUGGUGUCUCUCUCCCCAAACCCUACCAAGUGGCUGAGACCUUUAGCCCUCCUCAGUUGCAUGGGUAUAAUUCUUGACUCUGUGAUGCUUUUCAGUAAAUUCUUAUCUGGGUGGGAUUAUACAGAAAAGUGUUUGAAAGUGUAUUGUGUAAGAAUGUUGAGGAUCCUUUCUGUACUUCACUGCGAAUUGUGGUGUUAUUGUUGAAAGAUUAAGAAGCA